AUGGAUGCAAAAGCAUGGAAUCUCAAGCCAGUGAAAGAGAACUGUGAGUACUUACAAAAACUUGAUGAUGAUGAUGAUGAUGAAGCACUUUCUCUUUGUGAUCUACCAUUGAAUAGUGAAGCAGCUUCUGAUUGGGAUGACUUCUCCGGAGAAGAUCAAAGCUCCUCUCUUGAUCCAGAUUUGUUUGAAUUCAUCAGUGAAGACUUCACUUCUUCUGCUUCUGCUUAUCCUAAAGAUAAUAUCAUCUUCUGUGGAAAGCUCAUUUCAUAUAAAGGGGAAAAUGUAGAUCAUGAGAAAGAACAGAACUCAGACAACACCAGUAAAGUUAAAGACGCCAAGAAAAGCUGCAUCUUCCCUUGGAAAUCAUAUUCUUUCAACAAAUUAAGAAGCUCUUCGGUGAAGUUGCAACGAAAAAAGAGUUACAGAACUUGUAAUACUUUUCUAGAGCGAUCGCCAGACAAGAAAGGCGCGGAUAAAUAUGAUUUUCCGAUGAACAAAGUAUCAUUACAGUCAAGUCCGUCGAAGUCGAGAUGGAACUUGUUUGCAUUUGGAGUGGGAAGAUAUCCAAUGGAGAUGGAGCUCAAUGAUAUCAAGACGAGGCAGAGCAAGCUAAGUGAUAGUAAGAUGAGACUGAGCUUGAAGCGUCCGGCGAAGACAUUCCGAUCAGAUGAUAGAAGAGAAUUGGUAGAUAGAAGUGGGAAAAGAGAGAAAGGUUGGUGGGGUUUGCUAAGCAUUUUUGGGUGCAAGAGCUACAAUGCAAACGCCAUGGUUAAGGCUUCAUUGGGUUUCAUACCAAGGGUGUGA